AUGGACCCAGGUAAGCAAGGUGCUCUUAUUAGGAUUGAGAACUCUGUCUACAGAACAGCCUUCAAAUUACGCUCUGUGCAAACUCUUUGCCAGUUGGACCUGAUGGACAGCUCCCUGAUUCAGCAAGUUCUAUGGUGUGGGCGUUUGGGGGCAAGCACAGAGACCUGCCUUUCAGUGCAGCAGCUUUUUCAGGAGCUCCGGGAGCUGUUUCAAAGAACCGGGAUGGGAAACCCAGCUCAAGUGCAUCCGAGAGCUCCCGAACUCACUCUGAGUCUCCUCAUGGCCAUGUAUGACAGCACAGGAUCAGGUGUUCUUAAGCUUCGACCUGUGGCUGCCGCGCUGGUUGCCCUCUCGGGGGACAGCCCUCUCACAAAGUACAGAGCUUUUUUUCAGCUCUAUGCAGAAAACAAUAGGAGAGGUGAUGAUUCCCGAGCCCGCAUGACUCGAAGGGUUUUGAGAGUCUUACUAACAGACCUACAGCAGAUCCCGACUGUCGUAGGAGAGAGCUGCACUUUGGGUCCCGUGGAAAGUGCUAUUCGCAGCUGUUUCCGCGGGGUGUUGAGCUCUGGAAUCAAGGAGGAGAAAUUCCUGUCUUGGGCACAGUCCGAGCCUCUGGUCCUCCUGUGGAUCCCAACCUGCUACCAACUGUCAGCCUCAGAGACAGUCACUCACCCUGUGCGGUGCAGUGUCUGCGGGACCUUCCCAAUCACAGGACUCAGAUACCGCUGUCUGAAAUGCCUCAACUUUGACAUCUGCCAGCUGUGUUUCUUAUCUGGUCGCCACAGAAAAUCCCACGAGAGGACACACACUGUGUUGGAGGACUGUGUCCAGAUGUCAGCAACAGAGAAUACAAAACUCCUCCUCAGGAGCCUCUGGAAAAGCCUGCCCCAGAGACUGGACAGGCUAGGAGCCAUGGGAAGGCUGGACCAGCUGGCUCCCAGGGAUGCAGCUAGCCAUUCGCAGACCAGGCUUUGCAUUCAGUAUAAAGGCCCGAAAGCCCCCGUGUAUGUGAGGCCGACAGGGACGGUCAAAGCAGCAGCCACAGAACACAGCAGAUUCCUAUGUCCAAGGCUAUCACCUGCUCUGCAAGCAAAUGACAACCGGCAUCACCAGACCGGAAUCAGCAUCAAGAAAGAACUACGGAGGACUCGCGACUCUAUCAAUGCUCUGCACAGGGAAGAAAGGCGCCUUAGGAAACAGCUAAAUAGAUACAAACACAAAUUGCAAGGCACAUGCACCCUACAAGAAGAACAGAACUGCAGACUUGAGACAAAGAUUCGGGAGCUCACAGCCAACCAGGGUAACCUGUGGACCAAGCUACAGCAGAUGAGACAGGACCUACAGGCAAUGUUGCGGCCACUCCAUCCUUCAUCUUCAGCUCAAAACACAGUACCCAAGACUGACCGUUCAUUACCUGAGGAUGGCUCACAGAGAAGAGGAGCCUCUUCCCACAGCGAGAGUACCACAGACGAUGAUCUGGAAUGGGAACCUCUCCCUAACUCUGCCAAGGCUGACAGAAGUCACAAACGUCCGUCAAGUUCAGAGAAAGCUCUGGCAGACUCUGAACCACCAGAGAUCAUUUCACAGAGCCCCGGGACACCAAGCCACCCACAAAAGAUUCCGAGAGAAGCCAGUACCUCCCCAUCCGCUCUCCAGCAGGGACUGCAGGACAACUCACUAGUGCCCGCUGCGGAAGAGAGCAGCUGUGCGCGAACACCUUCCGAGGAGGAGAAAAGGACGCAUGGCGCCAGCGAAAAGAGGAUUGACCUCGAAGAAGAAGACCUUCAAGUGCUGCUGCCCAGACUCCUGGAUGCCUUCGACAUAGACACACCGUCAGGUGCACAGCCUCUGGUGGACAUGGAGCUGUAUGGCAGAGCCGAGCAGGUGUGCUGGGCCUUCUCUGCCCUUGUGGACCAAAUCACCUUGCCCAGCUUGGAGUGA